AUGUCGUACUCACAAUGUCCUGCUGUCCAGACACCAGUAGCUAGGAGUCCAUUCACAACCAUUACCGUUCCGACCAAUCUCAUUAUAACCCCCAUCGACAGUCCUCCCGGUCUCAUCGAAAAAGCAGCCAUUCACCAAAAGCCCAGCGAAAUUCACACUGGUAUUCUUGAUAGCUGCGAUUUACUCACGGUAGAGGACAAAACGGCAUCCUACAAUCUGCGCAGUGGUACAGAGCCACUUAUGGCCUAUGACCUCUCCGAUCGCAGAUGGACUGGAGGACGCCUUUACCGCCACGACCUCGAGUCUUUUUUCUAUGCACUGUUAUGUCUUUGUUCGCGGUACAAGGGUCCUGGAGAGCAGGUGGAUGUCUCUGACAAGCCACUUCCAUAUGAUUCUUGGUUCACGGGAACCUAUGAACAAGUACGGCUCACGAAAAGGGAUUUGGUCACCAAAGGCACAGUCAACUUUACGAUCACACCCUUUUUUCGAGACUUCACUUCAUGGCUGAUUGAGAUGCACAAUUGUCUUGUUUGCGGUAAUAUAUCUAGGGAAGUGUUUAACCUGGCGCGUCUAAGGGCGACCGUCAUCAGCGAUGGCUCGACAGCGUUUGACGAUGAGACGCUUGGUGGCCACUUCACCUAUGCCCGUGUUAAGGAGAUUAUGUUGGCCUUCACGGAACUCAGCUGGAGGCACAAACUGCCACAUAGGGAUACAUGCGGGGGACAUGCAGACAAUAGACAUUGGAUUUCUUGA